AUGGAAAAUUUUAAUACAAACACACCCGAAUACCAACGAUUUUUGAUGGACCGGAAAAUCUUGGGCGAAGGUUAUCAUCCUGCUGCUGCUGCCGUGGCUGCCAACCUUGGAUCUUCAAGGAGUGUAAUUGGAGGAGUUGGAAAUGCUAUCGCAAGUUCUUCUAUCUCCUCCGUUGUUCAAUCAGGGUCUGGCACCGCUGUUGCUACUACCAGUAGUGAAUUAAAAGAUUUCUUGCACGUCAUUUCACCAACGGGAAAACUUAUGUAUUGUUCACCUUCUUCAACAGAACUGGUGGGUUAUACUCCAGAAGAAUUAGUCAAUCGUAACAUAAAGGACUUUAUUCACGUUGAUGAUAUUGAUAUGUUCCGUAGGGAUUUUAAUAUGGCCAUUCAAAACAAGGCUAGUUUUACUCUUUACUAUCGAUUUCGCAAGAAGGAUGACAAAUUUAUAAUCCUUGAGGUUAACGGUCAUCCUUACUUUGGUGAAAGUAAUUCAGCUGGUAAUUGUAAAUGUUUUUAUAGUAUGGGUAGAGCUUAUCCUUCAAAGACAACAGCAAUGUUAGAUUCAUUUUUGGAAUUAAAAGUUGAAAAUGAAAAUUUACGUCGUCAACUUCGUGAGUUAAUUGGACCAUCAGAAACUCCAGCUGAGGCUAGUGGCAGCGGCAGUAUCAGCGGGAUUAACACUACCACUCCUACCACCACCGAGGGAUUAGCUGCCGGAGCUGUUAUCCCUGAAGGACUUCAUGAUUCAAGUAAUCCGUUAGAAUAUUUGACUGGUUUACGAUACCAGGAGGGUGAGCGUGCCAGAGGAAUUUCCACUGGCUCAAAUGACCCAACUUUACUGAACGAAAGUUUAAUGGCUGUAGAUAUGGCAAAAUCGUCUUCAAGAGACGACAACCUUUUAUCUACGCAAACCUCCGCUCAACACGAACCUGCUCUUCCACCUUCAACGAUUACCACAACUUCUUCAAGGUCACGAAAAAAGAAAAAGCCCAAGGUCGAGGAAGAAGAAUAUGUCUGCACGGAUUGUGGUACUGUGGAAUCACCGGAAUGGAGAAAAGGUCCACUAGGACCAAAGACAUGGGCUAAGAAAACAAAGAGACAAGCUAGUGGUAAUGGUGGUAAUGGUGGAGGUUCAACACAACCUCCCCCUCCAUCAGGUAUUGAUACUGGAGGUGGUGAUUAG